AUGAACUCGGUGUGUAUCUCUAGCUGCAUCAACGACGCACAAGACACGCGCGUGCCGGUUCGUGCCACGUACGCGAACCUCUAUAAGUGGCCUGAAUCCGAUGCCGAGUUUGUCCGCUCCUCCGUCCGACGUGGAGGCGGCGUACCGGCGGUGCGUGUAGUCGAUAGCAUCUCUUGCCGGCAGAUGUAUCUCCGGAGCUACACGUUCUCUCGGGAAGAUGACGAUAAGAGCAAAUCGGAGUUGGAGAAAGUGACGUCAACGAAGCAGGCGUCGUGUCUAGGGAGGGUUAAGGAAACCGCGUCCUUCCGGUGGGGGAAUAAGGAGGAAAGGGACGUCAUCGUUGAGAGGAGGAAACGUCAUCGUCGUGAGAAGAUGAGAGAUAGAAAGAAAAUGAGAGAACAAGCUUGUUCUGUUAUGUUCAGGUUCUUUCAAAGGUUACUGUUUUGUGCUACCGUAGAUGUUGUUGAUCCAAUCUAG